AUGUCCCCGCCCAGGAAGGUCGCGGCUAAGAGUAAGCCCUCGUCGCCGUCAUCGAAAGCGCAGCGGAAGGAGGUGGAAGUAGAGGAGGAAGGGGAAACGGUGGAGAUAUUAUCAUCGACUGAGCCAAGCAAAGAUGUCGAAAUGACUCCAGUGGAGUUGGUGGGAGAAGGGGAUGAGUCCAAGGUGCAGUUGGUGGCAGAGGAGGAAGAGGAGGCGCAAGAAGAGGGGUUUAUAUGUGGGGUAGAAAUGUACGGAAACCAAUGA